AUGGAAGGCCACUUCACUGUGCAAAGAAGCGAGAAUGCAUUCGCUCAAAUAGCUUGUGAUCAGACAAUUGAACAGACCGCCAAUCGCGAUUCCAAGACAAAAGGAGGGAUGACAGGUUUUACAACAAGCAAAGGAAGUGUGAACAGAUGGAUAUGGUCACACCAUGCAAGGGGAUCAAUAACAAGGGAGUGUGAGGACAUGGCUGGCAAGAGAGAAAGAGGUUCCAUCAGAACAGAUAUCCUUCCAAGCCAGAUGAAGCGGGACAAGGCAGAUGUUGACAAAAUUGUGGAAACAACAAACAGUAUGAUCAAUCCCUUCGAGUACGAGGAAGAAGAAUUGCUGCACAUCACAUCUGGUACAGUAGCUACUGAAGAAGUGGAAAAAUAUUUACAGGCUGCCUAUGAUAGAGGAGAAGCUGCAUCCAUUGCUAUUUGCAAAGAACGUCUUCAAACACGGGAAGUGGACUUGCUCACAAGCAUGAAGAAACUGAAGCUGAAGACGUUUACCAGUAUGUCCAAAACUACAAAGAGUAAAGUCCAUGGAAAGGAGGUCUCGCUAAAGGCAGACAGAAAUCUUCUAGCAAGACUAGUCGUUAUUGGACGCAUCCGCAAGGUGGACCUGCAAGAACUGUUAUCAUACUCCUUGGGACCAGUACCUUUAGCAUUGUGUACACCACUUGGAUGUCUUGUUAAAACCAAAAAGGCUAAGAUGCUACAUAGUCUGGAAAGUCAACCGGAAAAGCGAUCGUAG